UCAAACAAAUUGCAAUCAAAUUUAACUCGUCCUCGGCUCGAAAAGGUCGAAAUUAUCAAAAUUCUUGUUAAUAAACUCCAAAAAAACUAACUCUUCACCAUGGCGUUCAAUAAGAUGACCAUCGACAUGGUCAAAAUCGCAGGCAAACGCGUUUUAAUGAGGGUGGAUUUCAACGUGCCGAUGAAAGACGGUAAAAUCACCAAUAACCAACGCAUCGUCAAAGCUUUAGAGAGUAUUAAACAUGUCCUAUCAAAUGAUGCAAAGUCACUUGUGCUGAUGUCCCAUCUGGGAAGGCCUGAUGGACAGCGAAACAUGCAGUACACCAUGGAACCUGUUGCUGUGGAGCUGGGAAAGUUGUUAGAGAGGUAUAAGAAGAGGGAUGUGCAGUUUUUACCGGAUUGCGUCGGACCGGAAGUGGAGAGCGCUUGUAAAGAUCCCAAACCAGGCUCCAUUUUCCUUUUGGAAAAUUUGCGUUUUCACGUAGAGGAAACCGGCAAAGGCGUUGGUGCAAACAAUGAGAAAAUAAAGGCUGAUCCUGAUAAAGUUAAGCAAUUCAGGCAAAGUUUGCGUGCAUUGGGGGAUGUCUACAUUAACGACGCUUUUGGUACUGCUCACAGGGCACAUUCCAGUAUGAUGGGCGAUGGUUUUGAAGAGCGUGCUGCUGGAUUCCUCCUGAAAAAAGAACUCGACUACUUUGCGAAAGCAAUGGACAACCCGCAGCGGCCAUUUUUAGCCAUCCUAGGCGGCGCUAAAGUCGCUGACAAGAUCCAACUCAUCGAGAAUCUCCUCGAUAAAGUAGACGAGAUGAUCAUUGGCGGCGGCAUGUCCUACACCUUCCUAAAACAAUCCAAAGGAAUGAAGAUUGGUGAUUCGUUAUUUGACCCGAAAGGCGCUGAAAUUGUCUGCCAGUUACUUGAGAAAGCUGAGGCUAAGAAGGUGAAGAUUCAUCUGCCUGUGGAUUUUGUCACCGCUGAUAAAUUCGACGCUAAUGCCAAAGUAGGCGCUGCUGAUGUUGAUAGUGGCAUUCCGGAUGGUACCAUGGGUUUGGACAUUGGGCCCAAGACUAGGCAACUGUUCCUCGAGCCGAUUAACAGGGCUAAAGUCAUUGUUUGGAAUGGACCUGCUGGUGUCUUUGAGUUUGAAAACUUUGCCCAAGGCACAAAAUGUCUGAUGGACGGCGUCGUGGAGGCUACAACUCGUGGAGCAGUCACCAUCAUUGGCGGUGGUGAUACAGCCACCUGCGCUGCGAAAUGGGGCACAGAAGAUAAAGUCUCACAUGUUUCCACUGGCGGUGGUGCGUCUUUGGAACUUCUAGAAGGCAAAGUCCUACCAGGCGUGGCUGCGCUUUGCGAUAAAUAAUGAAAAUAAUGAAGAGAAGAGUUAAUCAUAUAAAAUAUUAAAGAAAAUUGCAUGUUUUAAAGAUACAAGAGUAAAAAAACGUAACAGUUUAAAGAUGGAGCCGUACAAGGUAAGAUUAUUUCGUUGUCAAGCUGAAAUGAAACAAAAUCGACCGUUUAAUUUGAUUUUAUUUUACCUUUGUUAUGUUUUAUUACAUACAAUAUUUAUAUGUUUUA